AUUUAAUUACAAAUGAUGGACUAUUGCACUAAAGCGGCCAAGAAUAGAGACAAUAAAAAAGAACAUAAAGCCAUUUUAGACGUCCCAGAAAAUAUGAUUAAAGGCAUUCAGACUAAGAGCCACAACUUCAGAGUUAUUGAUAAGAUAAGCUCUAUUCCUAAAUCUUCCAAAAAGAAGAAAAAGGCCCCUCAGGAUGAAGAGAGUAAGAACAAGUCUAUUCUCCAUUUCUACGAGAAAUCCCAAAAGGAACUUCCUGUGCGCCGAGAGGUCAAGAAAAUAGGAUCGACGAGUAAUGUGGGAAAAUAAGUCCAUUGUUGCUCCAGACCCACCUAAGAAGCGGAAGCGCAAACCUCUAUUUGACAAAAAGAAGACCAGAAAUCCCAUCAAAAAGAGCAUAAGAAAGAAGCCGAAAUAUGAAGAGUUUGAAAUUUAUAGCCAGAGUAGCCAGACCAAUAGGAGUUUCUCCAAAGAAUGCACAAGUGCAUUCUACGUCGGUCCUCCUGAACAAUAUGCUAAGAAGACUAAGGAUUUCCAAGAACAAAUAUCUCUACAUGAGCUUGAGUUUGAAAAGGCAGAUCAAGAGGAAAAAGAACGGAAUCGGCCUAAAUAUUAUAUCCUACCUGAUAAAAUCCAGCAGAAAUUAAGUCCCUUAAAGGAUUCUCUGACUAAGAUUUAUUGUGAAGGAGUCGAGUUUGAUGACAAAGAGACCCUUCAGACCUUUAUCAACACAGAGUUGGUCCGUAUUAGCAUUAUUUUCUUUAACAGCAUCAAAGGAGUUCGUGUAGAUUUCACAUCAGAUCCAGAUUUAAAAAGGAACUGCAGCCAAGAUGGCCUACUUAUCGAUAAAUACAACGAGAAUUACAUGAAAGAUCUGAUAGAUAACUCUAAGAACUCUGUAAAGGCCUACCUGUACAACUAUCUCCACUCACUCAACAUCCAGGGGUACAUGGAUGAGAUCGCAAAUAAAGAUGAAGACUGGUCGUCAUUUUUGGCGGGAAAUACUGAUUACUCACAAGCUACCAGAAGUUCCUCCCGGCUUAAGACAAAGAAGGUCGAGCGUAUCCACGCUAUGAACAAGCAGUACUCAGGCGUGUUCUUCAAUAACGAGUGUUUCGACUAUGACGACCUCCUCUCUGAGAAGAAUAUAGCCAUCGGAAACUCUGCAACACAGGUCAUAAAAACUUGUUGUGAAGAUCUCGGCUUCAAAGUCACGUUCAUAAAUGGAUUAUCCAUGAAGCGGAACUCCACUAACCUGACUAAGUACAUUAAGGAGAAAACCCAAAGCUCACGUAUCCUGUUCCAGCCGACUGAAGAGGAGGAGAAGAACUCCAAAACUGCAAUUGUAUUCCAAGAUGUAGACAAUGCUUUCCCAGAUGAGAUUGGCUUCCUUGCUGGGGUUAUUAAAUGAAUUGAGCAUUCAAAGAUACCCAUCUUCAUCACAAGUCAUUGCAAAUUCCACGACUGAGAAAUAAUAAAAAGAUGUGAUAAAUAAAGGGCUAAAGAUCAAAAAUAUUAAAAUGGUGAAGGACCAUAUCCCUGCCACUAAAAUAGCCAUCAGAUUUCAUCUAAUAAUCCUUUUCGAGGUUUUUAUCAAGAAGUCACUGACAGAUUAUCUAGAUAAGCAUGGAAUUGAAGGUGAGAAGAAGGACAUAAAUUUUGACAUUGACUGCCUUAAACUCUAUGAGGGUGGAAUAUUUCACAUUGAUUUUCUCAAAAAUCAUCAAGAAUAUAUCCUGCAGCUAUUGCAAAAACACAAGUUUGAUUUAAAAAGGUCCCUAGCGCUUGUGGAUCUUCAUACAUUUCAGAAAGCAUGUGAGUCUUUGGAUCUCCAAAACGAUUCGAUUUUUGAGUACUGAAGCAGGAAAGACUUGUUCUGGAACAAUAGCUUGUAUUCUACCUCAACUCCUGCUAGACAAUUAUGCACACUUUACUUCCAGAAUACUCUUGACCAGGUCAUCAGCCAUUCCGAUGGUGAUGCUGUAGCCACUGAUACCUCCAAAGGAAGUCCUGAAGUGAAGCAGCAGGAAGCUUGAAGUGACUCUCUUGAAAAUUAUGCUAAAUUCUUACAAGACCAAGCUGAACUCGACUUUUUCCAUGGCAGACAGUCACUCAAAGAAGAAAAUAUUAGUACUAGAAACAUAUGCGAUGCUAAUCUCACUCAAAUAGGGGUCUCCCAAGGUUGCGAAAAUGAUCUCCUGCUUGAAGAAUUCUGGCUUGGAGCAGUCACCAAGAAACCUCUUUCUUCAGAUAACCAAAAGCGACGAAAAUUCCGGAAAUCUGCUCCCAUGUAUGAAAAAUUUCUUAAGCCAACUCCAACUCAUAAUGGAUCACGAAUGACAAUGGAUAGACUGGGAGAUAAUAACGAGCAAAUUCCUUACUUUUGAUAUCCCUCUAAAGAGGGUGCAUUAGAGAAGUACAAGAAGAUGCUUACCUCCACUGCUUCUCUCUACGGUUGCCUGGAAGAGACACAGAGAAUGAGCCAGUUAAGCCUGGAGCUUAACCUCCGAUCUUCCCUAACAUAAAUAUUCCUGUUAACUUUCAAAAAUUUAAACUGAAAA